GUAGUCAUAACAGGCCUAGGAGCUGUUACUCCUCUUGCCGUUGGUGGGUCGAAACAGCAUCACAUCUCUGCCCAACGAUAUACUCAUCGAAUUUCCANNGGUGUUCGGCCGACUUGGAAGCGACUGAUUGAUGGACACUGUGGAAUAGUAAACAUCAAAGACAGAGAUCUAAAGUUUGCCUCUCUACCAUCGCAGGUUGCCGGUGUCAUUCCUCCUGGUCUCAAAGAUGAUCGAAAGAUGGCAUUGUUUGCACAAUAUGCCAUGGCUUCGGCACAAGAAGCAUUGCAAGAUGCGAACUGGAUGCCUCAGUCCGAGGAAGAUCUUCAAGCCACGGGCGUCUAUAUCGGCUCUGGUAUAGGGAGUCUGGAUGAUGCCUACAAUACUGCUGGCUACAAGAAAGUAUCGCCAUUGUUCGUACCCAGGCUCUUGAUCAAUCUGGCCGCAGGUCACAUUUCAAUGAGAUACGGGUUCAAGGGCCCUAAUCAUGCAGCGACAACGGCCUGUACAACAGGAGUCCAUGCAAUUGGUGACGCUGCCCGUAUGAUCACCUUCGGAGAUGCAGAUGUUAUGGUUGCUGGAGGCGCAGAGUCUUGCAUCCAUCCACUUGCCGUUGCUGGGUUUGCUCGCGCCAGAAGUUUGGCUACGGAUUGGAACGACAACCCUCAAAAGGCUUCAAGACCAUUCGACAGAUCGAGAGCAGGUUUCGUGAUCGGCGAAGGAGCUGGUGUUGUAGUGCUUGAGGUGGAAUUGGAGCACGCAAAAGCACGUGGUGCCUCUAUUUAUGCUGAAGUCAGAGGCUAUGGUCUCUCUUCUGAUGCACAUCAUAUGACCGCUCCUCGAGAAGACGGCCAAGGCCCAUAUCUCGCCAUGAAACGCGCUCUAAAGCAAGCCGGCAUCAAACCUGGUAGUGUCGACUAUGUGAAUGCUCAUGCUACAUCCACCGUACUUGGUGAUGCUGCCGAGAACCGUGCAAUCAAGACUUUACUGCUCGGCGAAGAUGGAUAUACGAGUGCUGGUCAGGUCAAUAUCAGCAGCACCAAAGGUGCAGUGGGCCACUUGCUGGGAGCUGCUGGAGCUGUAGAGACCAUAUUUACUGUUCUCGCUUUACAGAAUAACAUUCUGCCACCGACAUUGAAUCUCGAACAGGCCGGAGAUCCUGCAACGGAUUUUGAUUGCAACUAUGUCCCAAAUACAGCUCAAGGCUGUAAUGUGCAAGUCGCUUUGUCCAAUAGCUUCGGGUUCGGGGGAACAAACGCAAGCAUCUGCCUAAGCAAAUACCAAAAG